UCCGCCGCCCUUUUUGCUCUGAUCUUUCUGUCUUAAAGGACAAUUUCUCGAGAAAGGCAGAUCUCGGGAGCCUCGAAGGGAAUAGUUAGGGAAGAACAAGACCAGGGACCAGCAAAUAGAAAGAUACCUUCUGCAAAACGACUUGGCAGGGCCGGGGCUUUAGAGCUCCAUUCCAGGGAGCCUGCUGAGGAAGGAGCACAUACCGGGAUUGGGAGCAGGGGGACAUUGGGUGCAGGAAACUCUCUGACAUUUGUCUCUCGUUUUCCAGCCCAGUUUGCUGAUUCUCAGGCGACAUGUCGGUAAUUGUGGCACAAGCGCUCCACAUCUUUGGGUUCCAGUCUCGGGUAGCAAAUAAUAUUUGUUUCUUUGAUGAACAGAUAAUAGUAUACCCGGCGGGGAAUAGCUGUGUGAAAUAUCACAUAGAGCAGAAAUGGCAGAAGUUCAUCCCAGGCUCAGAAAAGAGCCAAGGGAUGCUAGCACUGGCAAUUAGUCCAAAUCGACGCUAUCUGGCCAUUUCAGAGAUACUGCAGGAUAAACCUACUAUCACAAUUUAUGAACUGUCAUCUGUCCCAUGCAAGAAGCGGAAAGUCCUGAACACCUUUGAUUUCUCUGUCCAGGAAUUUAUCAGUCUAGGUUUUUCCCCUGACUCCAAAUAUCUAGUGGCACAGACAGGACCUCCUGAAUCAAACCUUGCCUACUGGAUGUGGGAAAAGCAAAGAACAAUGGCAAUUGUCAAGGUUGAUGUUCAGAACAAUCCGCUCUAUCAGGUGAGCUUCAAUCCACAGGAUAACACCCAAGUCUGUGUUACAGGAAAUGGCAUUUUCAAACUAUUUAGAUAUACAGAAGGAACCUUAAAACAGACCAACUUCUUACGGGGGGAACCUCAAAACUACCUGUCCCAUGCUUGGCUCUCUGAAGAGAAGGUUAUUGUGGGAACUGACACAGGCAAGCUCUACUUAUUUGAGUCUGGUGAUCUACGCUGGGAGACAAGUAUUGAGCGCAAAGAGAUAAUCUGUGAAAUAGUGAAGGAGGAACUACAACAGGAAUCAGAAAGCCUCAUUGAGUUUCCUGCUCCCACUUCCCCUGAGUAUUCCAGUGAGUUGAUUUGUGAAACUGAAGCACAGCAGCAAGCAUCCCUGCCCCGGGUCUCUGCUAUUGCUGCAUAUUCCAAGGGAUUUGCUUGCUCAGCUGGUCCAGGGAUUGUUCUGCUGUUUGAAAAGUCAGAGGAGAAAGAAGGUUACAGAGAAAGCCGAGAAAUACGGAUUCCCCAAGACCAGUGCAGCAAUGAUCCAAACCAGUCAGACAAGCAGGAGGUUGUAUGUAUUGCCUUCAGCCCUGCAGAGGAGACACUUCUGAUCAGCACAAAUAGGAAUCAGCUCUAUCUCCUCUCCAUGUCAUCAGCUGAGAUGAACAAGGCGGAGACAGCUCACUUUGAAUACCUGAACUAUCCAAUACAUUCUUCUUCCAUUACUGGCUUGGAUACCUGCAUUCGCAAGCCCCUUGUUGCUACCUGUUCACUGGACAAAUCUGUCCGCAUCUGGAAUUAUGAAAACAACACACUGGACCUAUACAAGGAGUACCAAGAAGAGGCAUAUACACUUGCCCUUCAUCCUGGUGGCCUAUAUGUUUUGGUUGGUUUUGCUGACAAACUCCGACUUAUGAAUCUGCUUAUCGAUGACAUCCGCGUUUUCAAGGACUUCACUGUACGAGGGUGCAGAGAGUGUGCCUUCAGCACAGGAGGUCAUCUGUUCGCAGCAGUAAAUGGAAAUGUGAUUCACAUUUACUCUGCCACGAGUUUUGACAAUGUCAUUAACUUGAAAGGACACAAUGGGAAGGUACGCUCAGUCGUGUGGAGCAUGGAUGACUAUAAACUGAUCUCCUGUGGCACAGAUGGGGCCGUGUAUGAAUGGAACCUCCAGAAUGGCAAGAGGGAAUCUGAGUGUGUGCUCAAGUCCUGCAGCUACAGCGGAGUGGCAAUAUCACCUGAUGCAAAAGUCAUCUUUGCUGUUGGAUCUGACCAUAGCAUCAAGGAGAUUUGUGAUUCUUCGAUACUGCGAGAAGUCCCCACUUUUGAUGUUGCCUACACUUGCAUAGUGGUAUCUCAUUCUGGACGCAUGGUAUUCACUGGAACCUCUGCAGGGACCAUCCGGUCCAUGAAAUACCCACUACCUGUGCACAAGGAAUUCAAUGAGUAUCAAGCCCAUGCUGGUCCAGUCACUAAGAUGUCCAUAACAGCUGAUGAUCAGUUCCUGCUAACAUCUGCAGAGGAUGGUUGUAUCGUUAUCUGGAAAGUAUACGACAAAGAAGGACGGGGGCUGAAAAGGGAGAGAGAUGUGCCAUACUCUGAUGAAGUGUUGAUCACUAGAACCGACAUGGAAGAGAAGACUCAGAUAAUGCUAGAACUGAAAACACGUGUAGAGGAACUGAAGAUGGAAAACGAGUACCAGCUACGUCUCAAGGACAUGAAUUAUAAUGAAAAGAUUAAGGAAUUAACUGAGAAAUUCAUCCAGGAAAUGGAAUCACUGAAAACCAAAAACCAGGUUUUAAAAGCAGAGAAAGAAAAACAAGAAGUGCAGCACCAGGAACAACUCACGGAACUAAUGGAGAAGCAGUCAAGGGAGGUGCAAGAUCUAGAAUCUGGCAAUAACCAGAAGCUCCUACUGGAGUAUGAGAAGUACCAGGAGCUGCAAAUGAAAUCCCAGCGCAUGCAGGAGGAGUAUGAGAAGCAGCUUCAUGAAAUGGAAGAAAACAAAAGCCAGGCACUGGAGGAGCUGACAGAAUAUUAUGAGGCAAAGCUGCUUGAGAAAACCACUAUGCUAGAAGAGGCUCAGGAUGAAGCAAGAAUGCAGCUUCGAGAAUUUGAGGAAACCAAGAAACAGAUUGAAGAAGAUGAGGAUCGAGAAAUCCAAGAAAUCAAAAUUAAAUAUGAGAGACGACUUCGGGAGGAAAGAGAAUCCAAUCUGCGACUAAAGGGAGAGACAGGAAUCAUGAGGAAGAAGUUCAACAGCCUCCAGAAAGAGAUUGAAGAGCGCUGCAGUGACAUUGAGGCAAUGAAGCUGGAACAGCAAAAGUUGCAAGGAAUCAUUAAAGCCUUAGAGAAGGACAUCCAAGGGCUGAAGAGAGAGAUUCAAGAAAGAGAUGAAACCAUUCAAGACAAGGAGAAGCGAAUUUAUGAUUUGAAGAAAAAAAACCAGGAGCUGGAGAAGUUUAAAUUUGUACUCGAUUAUAAAAUAAAAGAGCUGAAGAAGCAAAUAGAGCCACGUGAGAAUGAUAUCAAAGCCAUGAAGGAGCAGAUCCAGGAGAUGGAGGGAGAGCUGGAACGUUUCCACAAGCAGAACACACAACUGGAACUGAACAUAGCAGAGCUGCGGCUAAAGCUGAAAGCCACCGACCGGGAGAUGCACAAAGAGAUGCAAAAGGAACGAGACAUGGAAGCACUUGUGAAACGAUUUAAAACAGACCUUCACAACUGUGUCGGCCUCAUCCAGGAACCCAAGAAACUAAAGGAGGGCAUCAGGGACAUCUAUGAAAAGUAUGUGCAGAAGGCAGAUAUGGUGGAAAUAGUUGGAGUUGACACAGACUUGCACCAGGAGUAUACACGGCAGCGAGAGCAUCUUGAGCGCAACCUGGCGACACUGAAGAAGAAGGUGAUAAAGGAAGGCGAGAUCCACCGGGCAGACUACGUGCGCAUCAUGCAGGAGAAUGUGAGCCUCAUUAAAGAAAUAAAUGAGUUGCGGAGAGAACUGAAGGUCACCCGCACUCAAAUUCAUGACCUCCAGUCAACCCUGGGGCUCCUUACGAAGCGCAAGAAGCAACCGGCACAAUCCAUGGUUACUAUCAAGCAAUGUGACUUCCCAUUUCCUCCAGGUCCCUCGCCGGAUCGACAGCAAAGUCCUGGCAUCCUGCGGUUGAAUCCAGAGGAAGAAACUGAGAGGAUCGUUGAAAUGCAACGGCUGGAAAUCAAACACCUUCGAGACCAAAUGCAAGGGCAGGAAAAAGCUCUUGCACUCCGGCCUACAUCAGAUACAUUUCAGGAUCCUGGAGAACUUUGAAGCACGUGAGCUACAAGACUGAAGCAGUUUUUCACUUUUGGCUUCAAGACAGAGGAAUCCUGCAUGAUUUCUGUGCUGCACUCAAACCACUUCUGACAGAAUACAGUAAUAUGUGGGCUGCUCCUUUUGGCUCUGGCAUUGCUCACUCAUAGGAACGAAGUGAAGGAUGCUGCCCUCUCCUGCUGGGAAAUGUCACACCCACCUGGGCUUGCUGCGGCCCUGACUACCAGCUGAAGUGGCAGCCCCAUCUACAUUGCUCACCUUCGCGUACGAACCAAGCCAGCGUC